GUGGAGUGAGUGGUGGAGUGUAAAAUGCUGUAAUGGGAGGAAACCGAGCCGCGUCUGAGUGCCCCGGACUGCAGCGGCCGUUCUGAUCGCAGUGGCACCUGAGCACAUACUUCCCCGAGCAAGUGCGACCUGUACCUGCAGGCUCCAACCAGGAAUGGAGACACCGUUGGAUGUCUUGUCAAGGGCAGCAUCUCUGGUGCAUGCUGAUGAUGAAAAACGUGAAGCUGCUCUCAGAGGAGAACCCAGGAUGCAGACCCUCCCUGUGGCGUCUGCCCUCAGCAGUCACCGCACAGGCCCCCCGCCCAUCAGUCCCAGCAAGAGGAAGUUCAGCGUGGAGCAAGGGGACGAUGACCUGGACUGUGAAAAUGACCAUGCUUCUAAGAUGAGUCGCAUCUUCAGCCCCCAUCUGAGCAAGACUGCCAAUGGAGACUGCCGAAAAGACCCCCGGGAGCGAAGCCGCAGCCCCAUCGAGCGUGCCGUGGCCCCCACCGUGAGCCUGCACGGCGGCCAGCUGUUCGCGUCCCUGCCCGGCCUCAGCCUGGAGCAGCCACUAGCACUGACCAAGAACAGCAUGGACGCCAGCAGGCCGGCGGGCAUCUCACCCACGCUGACCCCAGCGGAGCGGCAGCAGAACCGGCCAUCGGUGAUCACGUGCGCCUCGGCCAGCACCCGCAACUGCAACCUCUCCCACUGCCCCAUUGCGCACAGUGGCUGCGCGGCGGCCGGGCCGGCCAGCUACCGGAGGGCCCCGAGCUCCACUGCCACCUGCGACCCCGUGGUGGAGGAGCACUUCCGCAGGAGCCUGGGCAAGAACUACAAGGAGCCCGAGCCGGCGCCCAACUCGGUGUCCAUCACGGGCUCCGUGGACGACCACUUUGCCAAAGCCCUGGGUGACACGUGGCUUCAGAUCAAGGCGGCCAAGGACGGCACAUCCAGCAGCCCUGAGUCGGCCUCGCGCAGGGGCCAGCCUGCCAGCCCUUCUGCGCACAUGGUCAGCCACAGUCACUCCCCCUCCGUGGUCUCGUGAAGGGAGCGCCACCCUUGAACAAGAUGUCAAUCUGCAUGGUUUGCCUGAGCUUUGAACAGUCAGUGCUUAAAAAAUGGAAAAACACACAAAAAAAUUGUGGGGGUGGGGUAGGGGGAAAGGGGAGGAAAAAAAUGGUUUAUUCGCAAAAACCAUGUCGUUGGGAUUUUUGUUCUGUUUUUGUACUUGCUUGGUAUUCGUACCCGGGGGCCCUCAAACUCCAUAGCAGGAGCUGCACGAGGAAGAGCUAACGUAGCGUCCUGCCUUCCUGCCUCAGUUACCAAAGAAACCUCUGAUGCAGGUGUGCUGCCCCGUCGGGGGCCAGGACUCCACGGCGCACGCUUUCUCAGUCACAAGCCAUGACGGUGACCCAAAUGCUUUGUGCUUUUUAAUUUGCUUCUUGAGACCGGGGUGUGUGUGGCUUAGCUUCCAUUGCGUGUUUGGUCCGGCCCGCGUGUGCAUGUGUGUGUGUGCGUGCGUGCGUCUACUUGAAGAGAACAGAGAACUGUCGCGUCUGAUUUGCACUAUUGGAGGAGGGCUAAAGUUGCCUGCCGGACAACUUUGUGAGAUGCUAGUACUCUGAGGGCAAACUGCUGAAAAACAAAGGGUUUAAGGAUGACAUUUCUGACCAUUUGUGUUUUUUUUUUUUUUUUUUAAAUUUAGACAAAACAGCUUUGGAAGGGGAAGUCUCAUACAGGUUAUAGGUCUUUCUCUCUAGAUUUCAGGUGCUUGCAACUGGACUGCAGACUCUACCAAUCACGGGCAUUCUCCCUUUCCUAAACACUGCAGUUUGUUAGACUAGAGCUGAGGUUGGAGGAUUCUAUAGUGCUUUCAACGUGAUGCAUGUUUUAAUGGAGAAAAAUAGCUGGUUUCUAUUAAUUGUAUAGAUCUAGUAAACAAGAACCUUAAUACUUACUAGCUUCUUUUCAGAAUUAGUUUAUUUUUGUCAGUUACAGUCCUAGAUAUACUUACUGCUGGUACAGUUGUACUCUUUGAGAUUUGUGUUUGAUAUUCACAUGACUCCCGAGUAGUGUGGGGCUGGCAGGCCCUGGAGACGGGCAGGCCAGUCGUGGGUCAGCCGCAGUGUAGGAUGCUGGAGUUUUUUGCUGCCGGCUGACAUUUAGUUUUUGCAUCCCCUGUCUGCUUAUUACUAGCUCCCAGGGGAGUUGGGGUUUGUGUCUUCUAACUUCCCUCCAUGCAGAAACUGCUCCCUUUCCACCCUCUUGGCUGAACAGCAGAUUACUGACAAUCUGUGAUAUGGUAUUUUCUGUGCUUCCUCAUACGCUGGGGCCAAGGCAGUAUACAUUCCUCUGACUUUAUACAGUUAUCACUGCAUUUAUUAUCGUUUGCUAGAGUAAUAGCUACUAACUAGAAAUUAGGCAAAGAAGAAAGCAUGACGGACACAGCUGUGGAUGUUCAACAGCUGCUCCUCUUUUUGGUAAACGUACAUUUCUAUCCCCCCACCCGCCUGCCACGUUCCAGCCUCCAGAAGGCCAC